AUGCCUCUGGAGUCUGGUCAUCAGGUCGCCGUUGCCGUCGUGAUGGUCCGAGUCUCCGAGACUCCGUCGACGGCGCGCUGGUCCGAGAGUCUCCGAUGGCGAUGGCGAUGGGCGAUGCUUUCAGUCUCGAGGGAGAGGGAGGCGGCAGGCGGAAUGAAGACUGAAGAGAGGCUGGGUCAGCUCUCAACCCUACAGACGACAGAGAACAGAGGCCAUGGGUUAGUGGGCCUGGGUAAGUGGGCCGAGAGGCUGGGUCAGCUCUAA